AUCAUUAAAAACCCCAAAAUCUAAACCAUAGGAUUUAGAAAUAAGAGUGUACCAAACUCAAAAACGAAGAAAAAAAGGGCAGCAAUGAAAUCUCCUCCCCUUCUCUCUCACUUUCUCUCUCUAGAGCAGUAGACUAGUCCAUUCUCUCUCUCUCUACGAAUGAAGGGUUGCUGCUGCCAAAUUUAUAGAUGACGACGCCUUUUCCAGCCGUCAUCGCCGCCAUUUUAUUAAUCCUCUUCGCCGCCUGCCACCCUCCGCCCUCCGCCCAUGCACUGGGCGGCACAAUGGCCGUCGUCCACGGCUCCGCCAUCACCAUCUGCUCCAUCACCGCGCAGCAAAUCCAAUGCUGGCGCGACGGCAGCCUCCUUCCCCCAAUCCUGCCCAACACCUCCUUCGACGCCGUCGCCGGAGGCCGCGACACUCUCUGCGGCGUCCGCUCCGGCGGCUUCAGCCUCCUCUGCUGGAACACCACUUUCUCCCCCAAGAGAAUCUACAACAACGCCUCCGCUCCUCUCACCUCGCUCACAAUUGGGGAUUCCCAAAUUUGCGCGCUGCGAAACGUAUCCUCCGCCGAUAACGCAAUCUGCUGGCGGGAAAAUAGCGCCUCUUCCUCUCACAUUCCCAAAAAUCCCCAAUUCCGCGUGAUUUCGUCUGGUCUGCGAUUCUCCUGCGGGGUUAAUGUCGAGAAUAGGGUUCUGUGCUGGGGAGAUGACGCGAUUUCCAAUUCGAUACAAUCGGAGCUCCGGAAUUUCUCGAUGUUGGAUAUCCACGUCGGCGAUAAAUUCGGCUGCGGAAUCAAUGUCACGGGAAGCAUAAUCUGUAAAGGCAGCAACGACACCGGCCAAUUAAACACGUCUCCUUUCGAAACUGCUCGCCCUUUCAGCGCGGUGGCGGUCGGCGCCAAUCACGGCUGCGCUAUUCGGAAAUCCACCGGCGGGGUGGUCUGCUGGGGCGGGAAGGGGAACAGGCAAUUUUCCAGUAAAAUCACUGAUGAAUUUUCAUUCGAAUCGAUUGUUGCAGGGCCUGAUUUCACCUGUGGAUUAACCACCAGCAACUUCUCCAUCGUUUGCUGGGGCCCUGGCUGGCCUAGCCGAUAUUAUUCGACGGGGAUUCUUCUCCCCCUCCAGAAAACCCUACCGGGGCCCUGCAUCGACACUGCCUGUGACUGUAAUGUGUAUCCCGCCUCUGAAAUUCUCUGCUCCGGAAAUGGCCACAUUUGCGGCAAUUGCGAUUUCGCAGCCUCAAUUCCCCCAUUUCUGCAGCCGGCUGUGGUCAUUGAUCGCUCCCCUUCAAGAGCUUUGAGGCGAAGUCUCUUGGUUUUCGCCAUUGUUGGAACAAUUGGGGGAAUCGCCGGAAUUGCGGCGGCGAUUUAUUGCUUAUGGCCUGGUAUUUGCUUCGGGAAGAAGAAAAUCCAUAACUCCGUGCAGCCGACUAUGACCGCCGCCGCUGCACCGCCGUCCAACAGCAGUCCGCCGUCGCGAUCAUCCACUCUGCGGCGGCAGGGGUCGCGGCUGAUGAGGCGGCAGCGGAGCGGAACUUCCUCCAAGCACGCGGACAAGGCGGAGGAGUUCUCGUUCUCCGAUCUCGUCGCCGCAACCGACGAUUUCUCGCCGGAAAACAAGAUCGGCGGCGGCAGCUUCGGCGUUGUUUACAGAGGGAAACUCCCCGACGGCCGCGAAGUGGCCAUUAAACGGAGCGAAACGAGCGGUAAGGCAAAGAAAUUCCAGGAAAAGGAGAGCGCUUUCGAAUCCGAGAUAGCGUUCCUCUCCCGGCUGCAUCACAAGCAUUUGGUGAAGCUCAUCGGAUUCUGCCAUGAACGGGAAGAAAGGCUCUUGGUUUAUGAGUUCAUGAAAAAUGGAGCUUUACAUGAUCACUUGCACAGCAAGAACAAUGUAGAAAAAAGCAGCAGCUUUAUCAAUUCAUGGAAGGUUAGGAUCAAGAUUUCAUUAGAUGCAGCUCGUGGAAUUGAGUAUUUACACAACUAUGCAGUUCCCCCAAUUAUCCACCGUGACAUCAAGUCUUCAAACAUAUUGCUGGACUCGAAUUGGGCGGCGAAGGUUUCGGAUUUCGGGCUGUCGCUGAUGGGGCCGGAGGACGAUUGCGAGUACCGGCCGACGAAGGCGGCCGGGACAGUCGGAUACAUCGACCCCGAGUAUUACGGGCUGAAUGUGCUGACAGCCAAGAGCGACGUGUACGGGCUCGGGGUGGUGCUGCUGGAGCUGCUGACGGGGAAGAGGGCGAUUUUCAACGGUGGCGAGCUGAUGAGCAUUGUGGACUAUGCGGUGCCGGCCAUCAUGGCGGGGGAGGUGGGGAGGGUGCUGGACAGGAGGCUGGGGCCGGCGGAGGGGAGUGAGGGGGACGCGGUGGAGCUGGUGGCGUACACGGCGAUGCAUUGUGUGCAUUUGGAGGGGAAGGAUAGACCUACGAUGAAUGACAUUGUUGCUAAUUUGGAGAGAGCGUUGGCGUUGUGCGAUGACAGCCAUGGCAGCAUCUCUAGUGGUCCAAUCUCCAUUGUUUCAGAUUGAGACUCUUAGUAAUUUUUUUGUUUAUCUUUAUCUCUCAAGAUUCUUUUGUUUUUGGAAGUUACUAAAUGUGUGGGUAUUGAUCACUUUGUAGUGUAAAGACUAAAGAGUAACAUGAGUUGCAAAAGGUUAGGAGUUUGUAGAGCAGACAUUACCCAGUUUUUGGUUCACUUAAUUUGUUCAUUUUUUUCCAA